AUGAAAGUUUUCAUUUUUCUUUUCGCCGGUGAAGCCUUCGCGAGAGGAUUUCUGCGAGAGCGUCGAUCCACAGAUGAUCUUAAUUUCUGCGAAUCAAAGGCGAAUAAUGGGCACUAUCCGCAUUGCGAGUGCCAGAAAUUCUACCACUGCUAUGAGAAUCAGAAGACGGCGGUGAAGAGCUGUACUGGUGGGACUGUUUAUGACCCGGUUAUUCAAGGCUGUAACCACGCUUAUGCUACUGAUACGUCGCACUGUUGCAUGAUGACGACAACAACAACUCGACCCCCGUCAGUCUCAACGACCAAACAAUGCACUUGCUCAACAACUACAACUCGACCUCCGUCAGUUUCAACAACCACUUCUACCCGUCCACCAAAUGUUUUUUCAAGCUCAACUGCAACAACGCGGCCUCCAACAGUUUCUUCAUCAACGAUAACGACGACAAGACCUCCAUCAGUCUCAACAACAACUUCGACUCGACCUCCGACCGUUUCCUCUUCAACAACUCGUCCUCCAAGCAUCACUGAAUCAACUCGAUCAGAGUCAGAACCCUGUCCUUGCAUGACAACUACAACUCGACCUCCUACCAUCUCAUCCUCUACAACGCGACCACCGAGCGUCAAUAUCGAUGAUGAAAGCAUGGAAGACAAGAAUCGUGCUUUUCGAAUGAUUCUUCGUAUUCUUGAUUUUCUCCAAAACUGGUUUUAA